AUGCUUUUUAAACGCCACUUAAAACAUCAAUAUCCAUUAGGUUUAAGCAGAGUAGCACAAUUAAAACAUCCUCCGAGCAGCAAAGCUCUUCACAUACAACUCAAUGAGAAACCCUUCAACGCUGAAAGCAAAAAUGAGCAACAACACAAAGCAGCAUUGAAUGCAUCGAAACGAAUAGAAAAGUGA